AUGCAGAGACUUUAACUAAGAAAUAUAAUUUUUUAUCCAAUUGUAAUUCUAGAUGAAGAUAUAAUAAAGAGACAACAGGGGCUGAUUGGAUUUGAGUCUAGGAAUGAUUUCACCUUAAUGAUAUUAACAUAGUAACAGUAUUUAUAAAUGGUUAGGAAUCUUAUUUUAUAAAUUGUGAAUAAAGAAUAUGCACUUAUAGAUAGUAAAAGUGUAAUUUCAUAGAAUUUAAUGAAUAAUAUAUUUUUUAUUAAAGAAGUGAUCAAUAUUUUUUUUAGAUUAGGAGUACUUAAAGAUUGCUAAGGGAAUAAAGAAAAGGCACACCUAGAUUUUGCAAAGUCAUUAAAUCUUAGUAUAUUCUUAGAUUAUAUGAGCAUAAUAAUAAAUAUUUUUUUCUAAAUAGAUUCUAUAUAAUUAUUAGUAAAGGGAAAUAAAGAAUAAGCACUUAAAGUUUAUUAAAUGCAAAAUACAUAAAGCUAAUUCUUAUGAUAUUAAAAAUACUCUAACCUGAUUCUGAGUCAUGA